GUAGCCCGACUCACAAAUUCUGGGUAAUGUUCAUGCACGUUGGCUGCCUGGUUGGGUUGUUUUCAAGAAUUUCUUGCCCCAUUGUAACCCAAAUUCCUCCACACAACUUCGCUAAGUUGAACUCGGAAAGUCUGCAGCGUAUACUUGAGGUAUUUUUGCGGUGACUAAUGACAUAACUGGCAUCUAGAAGCUGUUUCUUCGCCAAACAACUAUCGCAGGAAGUUGAGCUAUCGCUUGCAACGCUUCCCUUGUCAUAGUAAUGGCGGACGUGUCGGACGAAAGUUAUGCCGCUGAAACACACAGGUCCAAAUACAAAAAGGAUAGAACUGAUCGACGAGAACGAAGGGGUAAUCGUUAUGGUGAUGUCAUAGAUGGAAGUACAUCGCCUUCGAAGGAAAACAAGAGUCCAGGUUUAGAAGACAACGGGGUUGCCAAUGACCUUGCUAAUAGUAGUGCCGAUCGAGAUACGGGGAGACGAGAUAGGGAGAGACGAGAAAGGCGGAAACCCAGAGAUGAAGAAGCUAAUGUCAGUGUGAACGACGAGGCGCCUGUUGAAGGUGCAACAGCAGCCAGUGAGGAAACAACGCCGAAGAAGAGCCUCAAAAAAGACAGAAAGAGCGAAAGUGCAGGGCAUAAGAGACAAGCCAAGAGACAUUUGAGGGAAAAAAGAAGGUCAACCGGAGUUGUUAUGAUGCCUGGUGGAGCCGAUGCAGAUAGCGAAGGCGACGAUGAUACGAAGCAAGUAAAAGCAAAUACGCAACAGAACGAGCAAGCCAACGACGAUGAAGCAAUAGAGGAUUCUCCCAAAAGUAAAGGAUCAAACAAAAGAAUAGAGCAAAAAGUUCAAAAGGAUAGUGAAACCAUCCAAACGCAAAAACUGCUUGAAAAGAUAGAGGAUUAUGAAAGUCAGUUAGAAGACUACAAAUCUGAGCUUGAUAAAGCAAACAAGGAGCUGGAAACACUACGGACAGAGAACGCUCGCUUGAAGGAUGAAAACAGCUCUUUAUUACGAGUUAUAAGUCAAAUAUCAGCAAUGAAACCAGUGAAGUAGGCUUCAAACUGCUGAAAUCUUCAUUUAUUUGGCUGCAGUAGAAUUAUUUUUGUUAAACUGAUUUUGUCAAAUGGAUGGCAGCCAUUCCACAUUAACACAUUUUCCACAUGGAGGAAUGGAAUUCUUCUUGGAGUAAAGCAUAAUGCCAUUGUUGAAUUGUCACUCUUGAUGAUUGCUUAUCACAAAAGGAUGCACAAGUUUGACUAAAUGGAUAAUGUCAUUCUUUGGUUUGUAUAGCUUGAAAAGUUAUAGGCUGUUUUUAUGAAGUAUUUAGCAAAAGUUAGUUUGGCUUGGAACUUUCCAUUGUAGUGCAAUGUUGAAUAGAACAGGUAACAGGCUAAGGAAAGAGACUUGACAUUUUUAUGCUUUGUUGCUGAAAAGCUGUUCUUUUUUGUAGAUAGUAAGAAUGUGCUUAGUAUUGCAGUGGAUAUGCUUGGGAAAAAAAUACCUUACUAAGAUCAGGUGAUCUUAGUAAGUUUUUUGGGGCAUUUUUGUCAUACAGUAACAUGCCUAUGAGAGUAUUGAAUUUUUACUUGUUGUGUAAGGGGUUGUGUAGUAAGCCAUACUCUCUUUUGAAAUAUAGUUAUUAUUUGUUUUCAAGUUUA